UUAUGCUUAAGGCAAAUGCAGGAAAGUAAUUUAUUUAUCGUUGAUUACAGAUUUCCUUUAAAAGAUAAGGAAAUUACAAAAAGAUGGAUUAUAAAUAUGAAGCGAGAAAACUGGUUUCCUACUACAGCCAGUUACCUCUGUUCAGCUCAUUUUGAAGAGAAAUAUAUGUACCACACAAAUGUCCAGAGGCGCCUUUUGUCAAAAGCAGUACCUACUAUCUUUAACUUUCCAUCACAUUUACAAAAGCAAUAUAAAGUAUUACGACCACAACCCAGAAAGCGAUCUUUCGACAAUUUGCAAGAUAGUGCUGUUACAGUGACAUCAUUAGCACAAAUGCCUGUCGGACCCAUAUCUGUUUCUGCUGACCACAAUUACUGUCUACCAAGCCCUAAGAAGUUGAAAACACAAUAUAACUGAGUACAAGUAGAGAAUGUGCGACUAAAGAAGCGGAUAAAGCAAAUGAAGCAACUUAGUGCAUGACACAAAAGAAGAAUAGUGCAGUUACAGACUUUAGUUGCUGGUUUGAGAAGA